GUGCCCAGCAACUUCCGCUUUCAGAUAGGUGCCGAAAUGGCUUUAUUUUCCAAAAUUUAUGGAGCUCUAGGGCGUAACGUUAGAACAGGUGCUAUACGUUGUAUGAGUUCUGCACCGCAAAUGCCACCAUGUGAUUUUAAACCAGAACCAUACCAGGGGAUUUCCUAUGACAAAGCCAGAGAAGUUCGCCAGACCAAACUGAACCCUGGCAUGUUUGUGUACUAUAAGAAGCCAGUGAUGAUCCACCAGGGCCACAUGCAGUACCUGUGGGAUGUAGAUGGGAAGAGAUACCUGGAUCUCUUUGCUGGGAUUGUCACUGUCAGUGUGGGACACUGCCAUCCUAAAACUCUGAAGGCUGCUGAUGACCAGAUGAAAAAACUGUGGCACACCACAAACAUCUACUUGCACCCUGCAGUUCACCAGUAUGCAGAGGAGCUUACUGCUAAACUACCUGAACACCUGUCUGUGGUCUAUUUUGUUAACAGUGGCUCUGAGGCUAAUGAUAUGGCUCUCCACAUGGCAAGGCUGUAUAGUGGAUGUUAUGAGGUGGUGGGUUUGAGGAAUGCCUAUCAUGGUGUGAGUCCCUAUGUGAUAGGUCUUACUGCUCACUCCACCUGGAGGUACAACAUGCCUGCUGGAUUUGGAAUACAUCAAGCAAUGAAUGCAGAUCCAUAUCGUGGAGUAUGGGGCGGCAAGCAUUGCAGGGACUCACCAGUUCAGACCAACAGAAGCUGCUCCUGUGCUGAGGGGGCAUGUGAAGCAGUGGACAGGUACAUCCAUGAGCUGGAGGAGGUGAUGAGGUACACCAUGCCAAAGGGGAGAAUUGGAGCAUUUUUUGCUGAAUCAAUCCAGGGAGUAGGAGGCACAGUCCAGUUCCCCAAGGGCUACCUGAAGAAAGCAUUUGACUUGGUGCACAGUAAGGGGGGAGUGUGUGUGUCAGACGAGGUACAGACAGGAUUUGGACGUCUUGGCUCCCAUUAUUGGGGCUUUGAAACUCAUGGGGUCAAGCCAGAUAUAGUCACCAUGGCCAAGGGCAUGGGUAAUGGCAUCCCCCUGGCAGCAGUAGUCACUACUCCAGAGAUCGGCAAAGUAAUGGCGGAGGCUCUCCAUUUUAAUACCUUUGGCGGGAACCCAGUCUCAUGCGCAGUUGGAUCUUCUGUUCUUAAGAUCAUUGAUGAAGAGGGUCUACAGGAGAACUGUGCUGUGGUGGGGACGCACUUCUUGGAAGGCCUCGCCAAACUACGCGACCAGUACGACAUCGUAGGAGAUGUGAGAGGGAAAGGACUUAUGAUUGGAAUUGAAAUGGUCACUGAUCAGGCAUCUCGCACUCCACUUCCUGCAGACAAGAUGGCUACCAUUUGGGAGGAUACCAAGGAAAUGGGUAUUCUGAUAGGAAAAGGAGGAUUCUACGGAAAUGUGUUUCGUAUCAAGCCACCAAUGUGUGUCACCAAAGCUGAUGCUGAUUUUGCCCUUGGUGUCUUAAACCAGGUGUUUGAGAAACACAGGGAUAUUGGCAAGCAGUAGGUCUGCAUUUUGACUGAAGGAAGUAUCUCAAAAUAUAUUUUCAACUUUCAACACAAAAUAUUUUAUGCAGUGCUUCUUUAUUUUUGCUUUAUUAGAUUAAGUAAUUGAUGCCAAAACCAAUGUACUCAAGGUGUUAAGGCAAUACUUGAGUUCAGCUCAGAAACUUUGAAUUCCAUAAAUAGCAUCUGAGGAUUGAAAGGUGUUAAUUACGAAUCAAAAUGUACUUUAAGGUCAGCAAAAUGACUUUUUUAUCCUAACUUGUAAGUGUUUGUCAUUGUUGUUAAUGAUAAGAUGGUAAUUUGAUGUUAAGGGUAAGAGGAGUUGUUGUGUUUACCUGUAAAAGAGAUAAUUAGUCAGUACUUUUGUUUUCUUUUUAAGUAUUAUUCUCUAUUUUAUCUGUAUUUAAUCAAGGUAUAUGAUAAGUGCAAAUACAUUCUAAUCAAAAACAUACAUCACGAGCACAUUUAACAGAACUUGCGCACUGAGUAUUUUGUAAAUUUGUACUAUACUCCAUAAUACUACUCUGUAAAAGAUUAUACUGGUAGAUUACAUAUUUAGAUAAUGUGGAUAUCUAAGAAUCAGGGACUUUCAAAUCAUUGUAACUUGGGCUUAGAUCUGCUAAAGUAUGUACAGUUAGUACUUAAGAAAAAAACGAAAUUGAUUACAUUUGCCCAAAGUUAUAUUUUGCUGGUAAUGAAGAGUGUGAAAGUUCUAGCAAGCUGAUCAUAUGCCAGAAAGUAGGUUUAUGUAAUUAAAAGAUAAACACAUAUUAAAUUGAAUGAUGGAAUAAUACUGUAGAUUGUUUAAAACAGUAUGAAUACAUACUGUAUUUACUGGUAUGAUGACCACUAAUCCAUCAACAUUAAAACUAAUGGAUUUUCAUACCAUAAUUGUCAGUAAGUCUGCAUUUAUAUUGGUUACAAGAUGAGUGGAUAAGGGGUCAAAUUAUUUUAACUUAGAGAUAACUGCUCAAUAUCAAAUGCCAGUAUAUAAGUAUUUCUUGGUCAAGAGUCUGUUGAGGGUGGUUUAAGUCGUAUUUCAAGUCAAGUUGGGUCAGUCCAAUUUAGCAGGCCUAGGCAGUCUCUGGGGUAGCGCUAUCAAUUUCUUUUGGUUAGCCAAAUCACCAUUUUUUGUCAAUUUGUUAUCAAAAUGGUUAUAAUUUGACUAAAACAUGCCAAAUCAAGCCCUUUGUCUUUAGCAAAUUUAAGUAAGUUUUAGCAUUUGGCUAAAUUGGCGAGUGUUAUCCCUACCCCAGAGUCUAAUUAUGGUGAUCUCACGACCGAGAGCAGAUCUAGUCCCUAUUCACUGGCAGGGUCAUUGAGGUAAGCCUACCUCUGAGCCAUUAGAAUGGCUUCCUGUAGUAAUCUAACUCAGUAUAACCCAUCUCAGUUAGAGUGACAAGUAUUUAUAGACCUUGUUGGAAUG